GAAGCAAGUUAGUUUAAGCCGGACGUGAAAGAUUUCCCGUAGAUUCCCGGACCUCCUAAAUCUUCUAAAUCCAGGUUUUCAUUCGGUAUUUGCGCCCCAGGUUUUUAGGACACACGAUCGGGUUAUGCAGGAGGCAUGGCACCUAAGCUAUAUUUUACCAUCGAUUGUCAUUUGUUUAUGAGAUGCGGUAAAUGUUUUAUAGUACUGUAUCGUAGCACGCUGUUUGAAGUUUGUUAGUGUAUUUUCUUCUUAACUAGACAACAUGAUAUUGAAAGAGUAUAGGAUCUGUAUGCCGAUGACGGUGGAAGAGUAUCAAAUAGGUCAACUGUUCAUGAUAAGUAAACACAGCCAUGAACAGAGUGAGCAAGGUGAAGGAGUCCAUGUGGUGAAAAAUGAGCCCUGUGAGGACCCAAAGUUUGGAAAGGGACAAUUCACAGAAAAGAGAGUUUAUUUAUCCAGUCGUCUUCCUGGAUGGAUGCGGUCCUAUAUUCCAAAAAUAUUCUAUGUAGAAGAAAAGGCUUGGAAUUAUUACCCUUUCACUAUUACAGAAUAUUGUUGCUCCUUUCUUCCAAGAUUUUCAAUUAGGAUUAAAACGAAAUAUUUCAAUGAUAAUGGAAGUAUAGACAACUGUUUUGAAUUAGAUGAGGAAACACUUGAAACAAGGGAAGUUGUGGCAAUUGAUAUAGCUUAUGAUGAAUUACCAGAAAAACAUUAUGUUCCAGAAGAGGACUGUAGGUAUUUCAAAUCAAAGAAAACAGGUAGAGGUCCUUUAAAGGAAGGUUGGAGGGAUGAUACUCAACCCAUCAUGUGCUCGUAUAAACUAGUUAGUGUUUCUUUUGAUGUUUGGGCCUUAGCUUCAAGAGUAGAGUCCUACGUGCAUAAGGUUAUUCAAGAUAUUUUAUUACUUGGUCACAGACAAGCAUUUGCUUGGAUUGAUGAUUGGAUUGGUAUGACCAUUGAUGAUGUAAGAACAUAUGAGAAAGAAAUGCAGGAGAAGACAAACACCAAAGUUGGGGCAGAUAUUUAAACACUGAUUGAUUUAUUUCAAGUGACAAAGGAGUCAAAUUUUAAAUCAGUGCUUUCUGUAAGAUUUGCAGUCAUUGACUUUUUCAGUGCAGCACCCACUGUAAACUGGAAACAUUUAACAGUUUCAAAGUGAAGAAAUUCUAACACCCUGUCUUUCUGUUGGAUGUCAAAUGUUACUGAAAGCACUGUGUGAGUUGUCAUCCUGUAAUUUAAGUUUUACUCAACAUUAUUUUGAACCAUUUUUAUUUUGUAAAUUUAAGUGUCUUUUGUAAGUAAAAGACAAACUCAAACAAUACAUGAGAUUUUUUGGUAGCUUUUUGUAUAAAAAUAUUCUUACAAUUUAUUUAUUCUUUCAGUUCAAUAAAAAUUUGAGAACUAACAGCAAAUUGCUGUUAAAUUUGCAUGAGUUGAAUGUAUAAUAACACAGCAUCAGAUUGUCGAAUAAUCAUCUUAUAAUUACCCCAAAGAAGGGUUGAA